UCUCCACGUGCGCGACUGCAAGGCUGGACGCUACAGGUUCCUGGAAAGGAGCAGACACCAGCGUUUGCCACAAUGCUGUCAUCCACUGACUUUACAUCUGCUUCCUGGGAGCUUGUGGUCCGCGUUGACCAUCCCAAUGAAGAGCAGCAGAAAGACGUCACACUGAGAGUAUCUGGAGACCUUCAUGUCGGGGGAGUGAUGCUCAAGUUAGUAGAACAGAUCAACAUACCCCAAGACUGGUCAGACUUUGCUCUUUGGUGGGAACAGAAGCAUUGCUGGCUUCUGAAAACCCACUGGACCCUGGACAAAUAUGGGGUCCAGGCAGAUGCAAAGCUUCUCUUCACCCCUCAGCAUAAAAUGCUGCGCCUUCGCCUGCCGAAUUUGAAGAUGGUGAGGUUGCGAGUCAGCUUCUCAGCUAUGGUUUUUAAAGCUGUCAGUGAUAUCUGCAAAACCCUGAAUAUUAGAAGAUCAGAAGAGCUUUCCUUGUUAAAGCCUCCUGGUGACUAUUUUAAGAAGAAGAAGAAAAAAGACAAAAAUAAUAAGGAACCCGUAAUUGAAGAUGUUCUAAACCUGGAGAGUUCUCCAACAGCUUCAGGUUCAUCAGUAAGUCCUGGUUUAUACAGUAAAACCAUGACUCCUAUAUAUGACCCCAUCAAUGGAACACCAGCGUCAUCCACCAUGACUUGGUUCAGUGACAGCCCUCUGACGGAACAAAACUGCAGCAUCCUAGCAUUCAGCCAACCCCCCCAGUCUCCGGAAGCACUCGCGGAUAUGUACCAGCCUCGGUCUCUGGUUGAUAAAGCCAAGCUCAAUGCAGGUUGGCUAGACUCCUCGCGCUCCCUUAUGGAACAAGGCAUCCAAGAGGAUGAGCAGCUGCUGUUACGAUUUAAAUACUACUCUUUCUUCGACUUGAAUCCUAAAUACGAUGCUGUCCGAAUAAACCAACUCUACGAACAAGCCAGGUGGGCCAUUCUCUUAGAAGAAAUUGAUUGCACAGAGGAAGAAAUGUUGAUCUUUGCAGCUCUACAGUACCACAUUAGCAAACUGUCGUUGUCUGCUGAAACACAGGAUUUUACAAGCGAGUCCGAGGUUGACGAAAUAGAAGCAGCGCUUUCUAAUUUGGAAGUAACCCUAGAAGGUGGAAAAGCAGACAGCCUUUUGGAGGACAUUACUGAUAUCCCUAAACUUGCAGAUAAUCUCAAAUUAUUUAGGCCCAAGAAGUUACUACUAAAAGCUUUCAAACAGUAUUGGUUUGUCUUUAAAGACACAUCCAUAGCCUACUUUAAAAAUAAGGAACUUGAACAAGGAGAACCAGUAGAAAAACUAAAUCUUAGAGGCUGCGAAGUUGUGCCCGAUGUAAAUGUAGCAGGGAGAAAAUUUGGAAUCAAGUUACUAAUCCCUGUUGCCGAUGGUAUGAAUGAAAUGUAUUUGAGAUGUGACCAUGAGAAUCAAUACGCCCAAUGGAUGGCUGCCUGCAUGUUGGCAUCAAAGGGCAAAACCAUGGCAGACAGCUCCUACCAGCCAGAGGUCCUCAACAUCCUUUCCUUCCUGAGGAUGAAAAACAGGAACUCUGCAUCUCAGGUGGCUUCCAGUCUCGAAAACAUGGAUAUGAACCCAGAAUGUUUUGUGUCACCACGGUGUGCCAAAAAACACAAAUCUAAACAGCUGGCUGCCCGGAUCCUGGAGGCACACCAGAACGUGGCCCAGAUGCCCCUGGUCGAAGCCAAGUUGCGGUUCAUCCAGGCAUGGCAGUCACUGCCUGAGUUCGGCCUCACCUACUACCUUGUCAGAUUUAAAGGAAGCAAAAAAGAUGACAUUCUGGGAGUUUCAUAUAACAGGUUGAUUAAAAUUGAUGCAGCCACUGGGAUUCCAGUGACAACAUGGAGAUUCACAAAUAUCAAACAAUGGAAUGUAAACUGGGAAACCCGUCAGGUGGUCAUCGAGUUUGACCAAAACGUCUUUACUGCAUUCACCUGCCUGAGUGCAGAUUGCAAGAUUGUGCAUGAGUACAUUGGCGGCUACAUUUUCUUGUCUACCCGCUCCAAGGACCAGAACGAAACACUUGACGAGGACUUGUUCCACAAAUUGACCGGCGGUCAGGAUUGAAGCAAGCAUGCGUGCUCGGCUCACACCAACAGGGCAAGCCAAAGGCACCCGUCCCCGGAGGGAUGGGAUCCAUAACUUGCCCAGCAUGUAGAUACUGAACUAACAGACAACAUACAUUCACCGCUGGUCACCCAGGUCCUCACCUCAUUCAAACCCACUGCUGGCACAUCCCUUUCCUUACUUUGCCCUGUGCUACCAGCCAUGGAAGGAGCCUCUCUUGUUUUUUCUAGAAAAUGGGUGAGCAGGAGAAAAGGAGGUGCCCUAAGAUUGCUCUAAGGCCUAGUAUGUGGUUACAGUUCUGUGAUUUGCAGAACCUGCCAGGUGGAUGGCUACAAGUAUCCUUGUCCUGAUCUGUCUCAUUACGAAGUCAGUGGAGAAGACAGAAAGGUAAAAAUCCCGUGAAGAAAGAACAACUCUUAUUUCACAAACUCA